AUGAAUCAGCAAGGCCUUAUUUUCCUGAACGCGACGGGUGCCCCGGUAUUGUCUCGUGCCGACUCGCGGCAGAUGAGGGCAUACAUCACCAAAUCCAACUUUGCCAAGCGACGCCAGCGCACAUCCCAGGUUGAGACCAAGGGCAACGAGGGCAACGAGAAGACCCCUCAACAAGCAUUGCAUCGAAGAAAGAGGUGUCAGCAAAAGUGCCAACGAACCUCCUGGGAAGCAAAUCCGACGAAAUUGCCAACCAGGGAAUCUCCCCCAUGUGUCCCUUCCAUGCAGCUACUCCGUAAUUUCCGCUACCUUGUCUUUCUAGACAUACGGCCGACCGUCCAGGACCCCGUGGAAAAGGCCUGGUUCGACCUUAUCACCUCAGAGCCGGUAGUGUUCGAAGCGUCGUUAGCCGGGGGCAUGAGGUGCUGGGGCCCUGACAAGGAGUCGCAGCAAAAUGCCGACCUCCAUCUAUCAAGAGCGACGAAGCUCCUGGUAGACCGUAUCAGCUGCGAGCAGGUACCGUCAGAUGCGAUGAUAGGAGCUGUGAUGACCAUGGCCUUCGGGGAGCGCAUGGCCGACAAUGACGAAGCGUGGAAUGUCCACAUGGAGGGACUGAUCAAGAUGAUGCAGCAGAGACGACAUCAUGGCGCAAGUUCUCUGCCACCUGUUUUACGCAGCCUCAUUGCCUUGGACUUCAUGAACCACAUUCUGGGCUUCCCACGCUUCUACCAUCCCAAGGUCGUCGACAUGCUGAGAAGCCACGGUGACCAAGUAUUAUCCACGUUAGCUCCCAUCUCAACCGAUAUAUCUUUACUCAAGACCGCCGUAGGUGCUCCAGAAACAGGUCAUGUGGGACAAGCUUCCCAUGACAUUGAAGGGCUACUCGAAAGACUACGGCUUGCAACUCAAGCUCUUCGAGAAUUCAACGAGCCCUACAUAAAGGCCACAUCCCGUUCACUCGAAAUAUACCUCAAUCUGCUUUGGCCCCUAUCAUUCCCGAUCGAUCUUGAUUCGGUAGGAACCGAACUGAAAGAGGCCGUGAGAGAGUUCCGCAUAAAAGCUUGUCCCUACAUGGACUUGACAUCACCACACUACAUCCUGGGUCUCCUGGCUACCGAGAAAGACUCUGAAGCAAGAUGCUGGUUUCAAGAAAGGCUCCAGGGUCCAUUACAUGUGAUGAGGCAACGCGGGUGGUCUGAUCCCCUCAGCUUGAUGAAAAGGGGCUUAGAGCAUGAGCCGCAUAUACAUCACCUAUUCACGGCGCUUUGGGGUGACGAAAUCAAUGGAGCGAUGUAA